AUGGCAGAAGCUCAUUCAGCUGUAGCAUUCUCCUUUGCAAUCACCCACGAUGGUUGGGAUGUGAACUUUGACCGUGAAGUACUCUACCUGGUUUGGGAAUCUGGGUUAAGAUCGUGGAAGAAGCGCCUCGCCAGAUUCAGGAACAGCAUACACAAUGGUGUCUAUCCAGGUCAUCUGCAGUCCUUAUAUGUACUUUGGACAUUACUGGUUGCUGCCCAUUUUGGAGGGUUCACUAUACCCUUCGGUCUGGUACAGAAAACUUUAACUGUUUUACCAGGGGAUUCUACAAUGUGGCAAGUUACAGCGUGCCUCUUAGCAGCGCUAACAAUGUGGCUGUCUGUAAUAUUUCUGAUGAGAUACAUAUUCAAACUACUCCUCAUGUACAAGGGAUGGAUGUACGAAUCCCGCUCGCCGGGCACAAAACUAUCAAAGAAAACUGUGCUCUGGGCCACGAUAGUCAAAGUUCUCUCUGGAUGGAAUAAGCCGAGGCUUUAUAGCUUCCAAGGUUCACUACCGCGGCUGCCUUUACCCUCUGUCAAUGAUACUAUGAAAAGGUACCUAUUGAGCGUUCGCCCCCUACUUGAUGAUGAAAACUAUAAGAGAGUGGAGAGGCUCGCCAAGGAGUUUGAGACAACGAUUGCUGUCAAACUCCAGAGAUACCUUGUUCUGAAAUCAUGGUGGUCAAGCAACUACGUGUCUGACUGGUGGGAGGAAUAUGUCUACCUGCGCGGGCGUUCCCCUCUCAUGGUGAACUCGAACUUCUAUGGAACAGACACAUUACUGCGUCCUACUUCAGUGCAAGCGGCAAGGGCGGGAACAAUUAUACACUUCUGCCUUAGAUUCAGAAGACUUAUCGAGAGGCAAGAAUUGGAACCGAUUAUGUUACAAAACAUGGUGCCGCUCUGCUCUUGGCAAUAUGAAAGGUUGUUCAACACUGUACGUGUUCCCGGUGUAGAGACAGACAAGAUAGUUCAUUAUCAGGACUCUACCCACAUCACCGUCUACCACAAGGGGAAAUACUUCAAGGUCAUCGUGUAUUCUAGAGGUCGUCUCCUCAAUCCAGCUGAAAUACAAAUUCAAAUUCAGCAAAUAUUAGACGACAAAUCGGAACCGGUGAUCGGCGAAGAGCGAGUAGCGGCACUAACGGCCGGUGAACGCUCGCACUGGGCCCACAUCCGUCAGACGGACUUCAACCGUGGUCAUAACAGGACUUCGCUGCACUGUAUCGAACGCGCCGCCUUCAACGUGUGUUUGGAUGAUAACGAGUAUGGUUUCAACGAAGAUGACCCAUCAACCCUGAAUGAAUAUGCACACAUUUUAUUACAUGGUAAAGGCCACGAUCGUUGGUUCGAUAAGUCUUUCAACCUUUGCUUCAGUACAAGCGGCGCUGUUGGAUUCAAUGCUGAACACACUUGGGCAGAUGCGCCUGUUAUGGGACACCUCUGGGAGUAUGUUAUUCUAACCGAGCUAACAUGGGGAUAUUUACAAGAUGGAAACGCUAGAGGGGCAGUUGAGGCGCCGCCGCCCGCCCCUACUCGUCUCCAGUGGGACCUCGAUAACGAGGAUCUACUGAAAAACAUCGACACCUCAUACAACGUCGCGCAGAAACUACUCAACGACGUCGAUCUUAGGAUUAUGAUGUUCACCAAAUACGGGAAAGGAUUUAUGAAAAGCCUCCGCGUCUCACCCGACGCGUUCAUCCAAAUGGUGCUACAGUUGGCGUACUACCGUGAUGCCGGGCACUUUUGCCUGACGUACGAGGCAUCUAUGACCCGUCUGUUCAGAGAGGGCCGUACGGAGACCGUUAGAUCUUGUACUAUUGAGAGCUGCCAAUGGGCGAAGGCGAUGGAAGAUCCUAACGCUUCGGUGGUGGACAAGUUAGAACUGUUCCUGAAAGCGAGUGAACGACACAAGAUCGGCUGUCAUGACGCGAUGACGGGGCGUGGGAUCGAUCGUCACUUGUUCUGCCUGUACGUGGUUUCCAAGUAUUUAGAACUGGAUUCACCGUUUCUUCAGGAGGUGUUCAAUGAACCUUGGAGGCUGUCCACCAGUCAGACACCAUAUGGUCAGACGAGUCUCCUGGAUUUGAAGAAGUAUCCCAAGUGCGUUGGCGCCGGUGGUGGCUUCGGCCCAGUUGCUGAUGAUGGCUACGGCGUCUCCUACAUCAUCGUUGGGGAGGACAUGCUAUUCUUCCACGUGUCCAGCAAAAAGAGCUGCCCAAUUACGAGCUCAAACAAGUUUGUCAAACAAAUUGAAAAGUCGCUGAUAGACGUCCAAGAGCUUUUCAUUGAAUACAAGAAAAUAAAAAAAAUUAAUAUUCUAGUGUUCUGGUUCUAUGGUCCUGCCAUUGCUGCUCUUGUGUUCACCUUAGGAGUUACAGGUGUUCUUUAUAAUGCUCAAGAUCUAUUGUUAUAUUACCCGAAUGACCCACCUGACUCAAGGGCCUUUGUUUUACAACCUAGCAAUUACAAGCUUCCCUAUGAGAGUAUUAAAAUAAACACAAAGGAUGGAAUAAAGAUACAUAUGUUUCUGAUUAAACAACCAACGAAUAGCAAUCGUGUACCUACUAUGUUGUUUUUCCAUGGAAACGCUGGCAAUAUGGGACAGAGACUAGCAAAUGUAUCCGGUUUCUUUCACAAGUUGAAUAUUAACAUUCUGAUGGUUGAAUAUCGAGGGUAUGGCCUCUCCGAGGGUACUCCAUCUGAACAAGGUUUAUAUAUAGAUGCCCAAACUGCCUUUGACUACAUUACACAGAGGACAGAUAUUGAUAGGAGCAAAAUAUUUUUAUUUGGAAGGUCUUUAGGAGGAGCAGUAGCAAUCGACCUUGCCUCUAGAUUGGAGAACAGAAAUAAAUUGUGGGCUAUGGUAGUGGAAAAUACAUUCACAAGCAUUCCAGACAUGGCCAAAAUUAUCCUUAAGUGGAAAUGCCUCUUUUGGCUUCCACAGCUGUGUCAUAAAAAUAAGUAUUUGUCUCUAAAGAAGAUUGGCCAGGUUCUAACACCUACCUUGGUGGUAUGCGGUACAAAUGAUGCCUUGGUUCCACCACCUAUGGGCAAAGAGCUAUAUAUGAGAUGCGGAGCUAUUUGCAAGAAAAUGAUCGAAAUGCCAGGUGGAGGCCACGAUAACACAUGGACAUGUAGAGACUAUUAUAACUCAAUACAACAAUUUUUAGUUAAUGUACCACCAUUGCCAGAUAAUAUCAGUCCCUUCUUUGACAAUGAAGAUAAUAGACACAAAGUUGUACACAUUGUAUAG